UUGUGUAUACAAUGUUCCAACCGAUCUGUCCGAGAGCGGUCUGUGCUGUAUAAUUGUUUUAGCUAUUGAAUCUCAGCUCAGAGCCACUAUAAAACGUCACAUAUUUUGUAUGAAGCCUCAUUAUCUCAACCACGAUCAGUCUGAGAAUCAGAAUACGACCCCAGCUAGCUGUCUGCUUCGACUAAUCCACAGCACGGCGCUCUCGAUUGAGUGCAAAUCAUGGAGAGUAUGACGACUUUGAGAGGAAGAAUUCCAUCUGUUCUGUUGGCUGCCUUGGUGCUAGCGUUGUCGAGGUUGCAUUCCACUGGAGCAGUGGACUGCCUGUUCUACUCGCAACUACUUUGUCAAGGAACAGGUGUGGGAUGUUACGGUCUCGCUGAGAACGUCUGUUGCGGUUUACCCGCCGCUUUAUGGAGACGUUCACUGAGGGUCCAAAACUCGAACUCCUGUAAAUCGACCACCUUAUAUACCGGUGGCUUCUGUACCACCGAAUAUUUCAGCUCUGACGGGACCUUCUGCGCUUCUGGAUUCCGUUUUACUGGUGGUCGCUGGAACAGAAUUUGUCGGCGCCGUCAGCUUUUGGCUGACGUUUCUAAUGACGAGCAGCAGGCAUGCACCGACGACUCUUCCGGUUGCAAAAACGUUAUGGAUCCAAACGCCAUCGUCUACAAUUCUGGUGAAGGUAACUGGAUGCUCAUCAAGGACAACGCAAUGGGGCUCUACGAGCAGCUUACGAAUGUUCCCGAUUCAGAAAAGGUGGCCUGGCUCACGGCGCAAGGAGCUACGUACACUUCCAAAACAGAGGAGAAGAUGAUCAAUGUUGCCAACUGACAUGUUGCAACGUCAUCGUUACGAUGGUCCUCUGAUAAUAAUGCAGAGCAACACUAGCACCUAAACAAGCCCUCCUGCAGUGUCGUCUUCGAGCACAAAAUGUCCUUUUGUCUGCCUCCCCUUACUGUCCCUUUGUCUGCCUAUCCUUACUUUCUGUCGCGAGGUGCAGCUUUGGCAGCUUAAUGUGUAAUACUACGUGUGGCUGCUCAGGCUGUUAUUUUCUGUAUGCGAAAAUAAGCCAAGUAGGAUCAGAUGUACCACCUUGUCAUCUGGCCUGGACAUCGUCAAUAAAAGCGUUGUGCAUGCUCUUUGCAAUGCAUACCAACACCGAGCCGAGAGUUGAGUAACUGAUGGAAAACUCAUUUUUAAUUACGC